GCUAUAAGGAGCUAUAAGGUACAUUUCGGAAGCCAUCAGUCCAAGUGCAGGUCGAAAUCUGACAGAAAUCCGAGAGAAAACAGCACGAGAAACAAAUCAAAACGAAACAUGUCGAGCAACAGCCAAUUCGUCAUCCCCUUCGAGGAGAGGCAUUGGUGGAAGGAGGCCAUCGUCUACCAGAUCUAUCCUGCUUCAUUCUGCGAUGGAAACGGCGACGGAUGGGGCGAUAUCAAGGGUAUCACCUCUAAACUCCCUUACCUAGCUCAAUUGGGAGUCAACGUGAUCUGGCUGUGCCCGAUCUACAAAUCGCCUCAGCAUGAUAUGGGAUACGAUAUCAGCGACUACAAGGCUUUGCACGAGCCUUAUGGUACUAUGGAAGACUGGGAGGAGAUGCUCGAGACUUGUCAUAAACACGGAAUGAAGCUCGUACACGACCUCGUCGUUAACCAUUGUUCGAGCGAGCACGAAUGGUUCAAAGAAUCUCGUUCGUCCCUGGACAACCCCAAGAGGAAGUGGUUCCACUGGGCCAAGGGCAAGACCGGCCCCAACGGGGAGAAGCUGCCUCCUAACAACUGGAGGUCCGUUUUCGGUUCCGGUUCCGCCUGGGAGUACGACGAACCGACAGACGAAUGGUACCUCCACCUGUUUGUCAAGGAACAGCCCGACCUGAACUGGGAGGAAGUCGAUGUUCGAGAAGCGGUUUACGAUGUCAUGAAGUUCUGGAUGGACAAGGGCAUCGAUGGCUGGCGGAUGGAUGUGAUCAACUUGAUCUCCAAGGUGCCGGGAUACCCGGAUGCGCCGAUCACCCACCCUGGACACAAGUUUCAGCCGGGUUUCGAGUACUGCGCAAACGGACCCCGUAUUCACGAGUUCUUGCAAGAGAUGAACGCAAAGGUUCUCUCCCAUUACGACGUAUUGACCGUCGGAGAGACCCCAUUCACCCACGACCCCAAGGUCUUAAUCGACUUUGUGCGAAGCAACGAACUGAGGAUGACCUUCAACUUUGAACUUCACGACGUCGAUGCGGACCCCUCGAGUGUCCUAGAACCCAAAAAGAUCCAACUCACUGAUCUGAAAAAGAUUCAUGAAAAGUGGCAAGUCGCCAUGUAUGAGGGGAACGGCUGGAACAGUGUCUACUUCGGAAACCACGACCAGGCCCGGUUGAUUUCUCGGUUCGCUUCUGACGUCGGUGAGAACCGAGCUCGAAGCGCAAAACUACUCGCCUUGAAUCAGCUCACUCUGAGCGGUACUAUCUAUGUCUAUCAAGGGGAGGACAUCGGAAUGUGCAACGUCCCGCAUGACUGGGGUAUGGAGGAAUACAUUGACGUUGCCUCGAUUCAAUGGGUAGAAGGAAUCAAGCAGAAGCGUAUUGAAGAGACUGGUCAAGAGAACCCCGACGUCUCCGACCUUGUCGCCAAACUUCGAGCCAAGGGUCGUGACAACGGCAGGACCCCGAUGCAAUGGGAUACCUCGGCCAAUGCUGGUUUCACCACCGGCAAGCCCUGGAUGAGAAUCCACGAUGACUACAAGGAGUGGAACGUCGAGGUCCAGAGCAAGGAUCCCAAGUCCGUCAACUCGUUCUACAAGCAGCUCCUCAAGGUUAGAAAGGACAACUUGGUUAUGACUUACGGAGACUUCAAGGUCCUGGACUUCGAGAACCAACAGGUCUUUGCCUAUCUCAAGGCCUACCAAGGAACCCAACUCCUGGUCGUUCUCAACUUUAGCAAUGACCAGCAGACGUUCUCUAUCGACGAAGCCGUCGACACCAGCAACGCCAAGUUGUUGAUCGGCACCAUGGACAAGGGAGAAAUCAAGGACGGCAAGAUCGCCUUGGAGGCUUGGGAGGGAAUCGCUUUUACUCUGUAGAUGUAGCGGGAGACAUCACUGAUGGACGUUCUGAUCUGGUUU